CAAUCUUCGGAAAAUCGACCAUCAAAAAGAGUCAUCUUGAAAACAUGAGAGGAAGGUACUUUCAGGAUAUGUCUACUGUGAGGGCUGGUGGAGACAACAACGUCUCUGCCCCUGAAGAAAACGAAGUUGUUAUUUACCGAAGCUUCUUCAGGGCUGGGCUUCGGUUCCCUUUGAGCAAGUUUGUAGUUGAAGUGUUGAAAACCUACCAGAUCUUCCUCCAUCAGAUUACCCCCAAAGCUAUAAUAAGGAUGGAGAUUUUUGUCUGGGAAGUAAGGAGUCAAGGGCUAGAGCCAAGCGCAAAGUGCUUCUGCAGUAUGCACGAACUUCUAUAUGAGACAAAGGCCAUGGGUAAAGAACAGUACCACAACAACUUCAGUUGUUAUGGUUUUAUCGCUCGCCCUAACGCAAGCCACCCGGUGCCAACAUUUUGGAAGAGAUGGCCUGGAGCUUGGAUGGAAGAAUGGUUUUAUGUGAAGAAUGAUUUGAAAGCGAGGGAAGACAUUAAGGAAGUCAUCAUGCGCCCCAUUUGGUCUCGCUUCGGCCUCCGAAGGCUGAAGAUAGAAAUUGAUGAGACAAUUGAAGAGUGUCAGAGGGCCUUCAUCACUAUUUGCUCCUUUAUUGGAACAAGAGAUUUAAUUCAAGAACAUAUAGCCUUUAGGGUAUGGCCACUUGUAGAUAGCUGGGAAAUGCCGAAGGAGACCAUUACUGACUCUAGCGAAGGUGGUUUGAUCCGACUGAAGUAUACCUUCAGGUUCGGAGAUAAGUUUGAUGAACCAGAUGAUGACUGGCUGAAGUGUAUCGAGGCUACAAGUGACGAACUGCUUGGAGCAUAUUCCAAGGCAGAAGAUAACGCGCUGUCCGUAGCCUUCGAAGGUCGGGGAAAGAAAAGACUGAACAGAGUUUUUGACGCCAUCGGCUUCAUAUACCCUGACUACCGCUACCCGUUCCGGGGAAAGGGGGUAAAAAGAAAAAUUGCUGCUUCUGGAAAGGUUGCCGCUUCAUGAGAUAAAUCACAUCUAGCCAAACUAGUUAGUCCAUAUGGUUUGUGUUGGUCGUCAACCACCAAAAUCUAUUUAUAGGAAAGGGUUAACCCUAUUUCCCUUUCAGCGCCGCCUCCCCAUCGCCACACCUCCUCCUUCGCGCCGCCCCCUCCCGCCGCCGCUUGCUCCAUCCCGCCGCCACCUCCCCUUCGCGCCUGCUCCAACACUAAGGUGUCGGACUCGACCUUCGCCACCGUGAGUUUGACUCAUCCGCGAUCUCGGGUAUACCUUGUUUUAGUACAUUAUUCAUAGAUUAUGUAUUUUUGUUUGUUGUGGUUAUUUAUAUAAUUAUUAGUUAGUAAGUAGCUAUUACUUAUUUAUUACUUAGUAAGUAUUUAGGCAUAAGUAUUUAGUCAGUAGUAAGUACUUAGGCACUAUUGAGUUAGUAAUCUGUGUUUGCAAUAGAUGGACACCCUAGUGACACUAUACCAUGGAGAAAGCGUGGAGGAAGAUGUUUAUGGGAAUGUUAGUUUUUAUGGUAUGAAGAAGGUGACUGAUGUUCGAUGAAAGACCUUCUUUUGGCCAAAUUUUCGCUCGAGCUUGUGAGGAGAUUAGUUGCAAUUUAAACGACCCUAGCAUUAUCAAUUGAGGGUUUAUUGUCCCAUGUUACAUCUGAGACAAUUGUCCGACGGUUGAUCUCCAUUGCCUCUGAAGAUGACUGGUUGGAAUAUGUCAAAAUUGUGAAGACGAUUAUUCCACCAUGUUUGGAUGUGGUUGUUCAAAAGUUAUAGUUUAGUCAUUGUGAUGCUCCAGUCGGGUUUUCUCCACAAAUGCCAAAUGCAUCUCAUAGUGAAGCUCCUUUGCUUGAGCUUCCGGAUGAAGUGGUUGUUAUGCCAGAUGCUCAAUCGGCCCCGAACGAGGUAGAGAUUUCUCAUCCUGUUCGCUGCGUUUGUGGGGCUUCGAAUCCAGUGGUACCCCCCACGAGGUCCCAUUGACCUAGGAUCCAACCCCGGAUCAACCUAGAGUUCCACAACUAGAUAAUGGUGCUUAUCUUCAUGUGCCCCUAUCAGCCAAUAUGGACCACAUAUGCAGGGCCUCAAAUAGUGUUGAUGUUCAGAUUGAGGAUGGGGAGGAGCCAUAUGAGGCUGCAUGGGCCUUAGAUUCUGAUGAUGACCGCUCGGUUCAAGAAAUGACCGAGCAAGAAAUUGAACUCAUCAGACGUUUGUGUCCUGAGCGUGACCCUACAGUACAUGAAUUUAGCAGUCUAAGUCAUUCCAAUGGUGCAUACACAGAAGGACAUGAUGAUGAACUGCUAGAGGCUCCGGAUAACGCCGACAACAUUGAGAUUAAGGUAGGCUUACUUUUCAAGGACCUGCCUACACAGAAACGAUGGCUACAGGAAUAUUCCGUGAACCGCAAGAGGUCGUUCAAGGCAAGACACUUGUAUGCUCAGCGUCGUUACACAGUUGUGUGCGAGGUGUCUGAUUGUAAUUGGAGGGUAUGUGCCCGCAGGCAGAAGGAAACCGGAAAGUUUAAGAUCACAAAAAUUUUAGGUCCACACACUUGUGCCCAGACAGAGCUGAGCUUUAAGCAUCGUCAGUUGACAUCUACCCUAAUUGCGAAAAGGCUAUUGGGGACAUUGAAGGGUCAGCCAAACUUGAAGGUGAAGUCAAUUAUGACCAUGACUUGGGAGCUGUUUGGUUAUAGGAUCAAGUAUGGGAAAGCAUGGAGGGCAAAGCAACGAGCAUGGAAGAUGAUAUACAGGGAUUGGGAGGAGGGUUACGAAAAGUUGCCAGCAUUGUUUAAUGCAAUGAAAGCAAAAAAAUCUAGGUAUGCAUUACGAGUACAUCCCUAAAC